AUGAACAUCGAAUUUGCUCCGCUCUCUCUGCCUUUGCAGAGAAGGCUUCAGACCGCGUCGGUGGUCCAGUGGGUCUUCAGCUUCCUGGGUCUAGCACAGUGCUGCAUAGCUCUCUUCAUCGGCCUCUUGUUCACGAGAUUUUGGCUGCUCAGUGCCCUCUACGCUGCGUGGUGGCUCACGGACAGGGAAGCACCCAGCAGAGGAGGGAGACGGAUCCAGCUCUUACGGAACAGCGUCGUCUGGAGAUACAUGAGGGACUACUUCCCCGUCACGCUGGUGAAGACAGCGGAGCUGGACCCCAGGCAGAACUACCUGAUGGGAUUUCACCCCCACGGGGUGCUGGCCGUGGGAGCCUUUCUCAAUUUCUGCACGGAGGCCUCGGGAUUUUCCACACUCUUCCCGGGCAUCACCCCGCACCUGAUGAUGCUCUCCUUGUGGUUUCGUGUCCCCUUCCUCAGGGACUACCUGAUGGGUGGAGGCCUUGUGUCCUCCGAUAAGGAGAGCGCAUCCCAUGUGCUGCAGAGGCCAGGCGGGGGGAACCUGCUGACCAUCAUCGUUGGCGGGGCGCAGGAGGCUCUGGAUGCCCAGCCGGGAUCCUGCACCUUGCUGCUGAAAAAUAGGAAGGGAUUUGUUCGCGUGGCCAUCGAGCACGGCACCCCGCUGGUCCCUGCCUUUUCAUUCGGGGAGAACGACCUCUUCGACCAAGUGAGCAACCCCAAGGGCUCCUGGCUGCGGCGAAUCCAGCACCGGCUCCAGCAGGUCAUGGGCAUCUCCCUUCCCCUCUUCCAUGCAAGAGGCAUCUUCCAGUACAGCUUCGGGCUGGUCCCUUACCGCCGGCCCAUCUGCACCGUGGUUGGGAAACCGAUCCCAGUGCAGAAGAAGCACAAGCCCUCUGAGGAAGAAGUUGAUCGAGUCCAUCAGAAAUACCUGGAAGAGCUGUGCAAGCUCUUUGAGGAGCAUAAAGCUAAAUAUAACAUCCCAGAAGACAGUCACCUUGAAUUUAUAUAG